AUGGGGGAAGAGUGCAAAUCUUGUCUCUUCAGAUAUAGCAUUAAGGAGAUCUCACUGAACGUCACACUUGACCUUCCAAUUCUAGCUCAAGAAGAGCCCCAACUCGAAGUUUUGUCACGUGCGAACAGCGCAUCCCUGCCGCAUUCCAUUCUGUUGCCCAUAACCUCCAUUGUACAACGAGGUAAAGCAUUUGACCAAUCUGAGGCUCUAUCACAAUUUAAUCAGAAAUUGCAGUGA